AUUUUUGAGUCUCAAACUUGCAAUUACGACGGAAGCAUGUCAGAUACAGUAUUCCACUGUCAAGAAUGUGGAGUUGCUGUGAAACUUGACGAAAGCUUGCUUAAGCUUAACUCGGCUCAGCUUAAGCUCCUUAUUCACAAGAAUCACCAGGACAAACAUCGACGAAUUACUGAAAAUGACUACCAACUUGAUCCAGAAGAGUUUAUACCACGGGAUAGGCUUGAAAUAUAUAAAUCUGCCAGUUCUGGGCACGUACGGCCCAUACAGUUUCGAAAUAUGAUAGAGAGUGAGGAUGAAGAAGAUGAAGACGAAGAUGAAGACGAAGAGAGUAACAAUAACGAUAGUGAAAAUGGGGAAACACGACUGGAGACACCUAAGGAAACAAGGCAGGAACCAGACGAGCACGUAUUUGCUUCGAGGAUGAAGACGUUGACGAAAAUCUUUGAAAUUUUGUCGAGCAACCAGCAGAUAAAUCAUCCUCUACUGGCUGACUGUGCUCAGCUUUUGAUAGAAAACUACAAGUUGAAAUUUGACCAGACUCAAAAAGAAAAAGACAACUAUCUUCUGUUUCUCAAGAAGCUCAAAGACAGAGACACAAGCGAGGAUAUUGAUCACAAGCUAGCUGAGUCAAUAGACGAGUACAAGAAGUUGAAAGCAGAAGAGAAGCUGAAUGUAAGCGAGUUGAAGGAUUUGGAAAAUCUGCGUGCACAGCUUGAAAAACAAUUAGAAGAGCUCAAAACAGAGUUGAAGGAUCUUCAAGAGAAUAACUUGACAGACAUUCUAAAGUUGAAGAGUAAAUUGCAAUUGGAUCUCAGCCGAAAGUACAACGCGUUGGAGCAGGCUAAGGCUUCGUACCGAAUGCACCUUAACCACUUGGAUAAAUUGCGUAGUAUGAAUAUUUACACGAAAAUGUUUUCUAUCAGAUUUGACGAGCAGGAUAAGUACGGCUCCAUCAAUGGGUUCCGCCUAGGUUACAGAAUAGUUGAGCCGGAGAUAAAUGCUGCUUUGGGCCAAAUAGUGAUGCUUCUCAUGUUUUUGACUUCACGUCUAAAUCUCAAGCUCAGACACUACAAGUUGGUUCCUAUGGGAUCACGUUCACAGAUCAUAAAAUAUUCCGCAAGAGAGCGUACAACUGUUCUCAACUUGUACUCGUCGGACGAAUUUUCACUAGGAAAAUUGUUCAACUUCAACAAGUUGGACGUCUCUUUGAUCACAUUGCUAGACGUCGUUGCGCAGGUAGAAGCCAGACUAAUCCAGAUAGACCCAGAUAUUGAGUUGCCCUACAAGAUCUCUCCUCACCGAGACUCUAUAGGUGGAAGGAGCAUCCGCGUGACUUCCAAAAGCGAAUGGACCCAGGCGUGCAAGUUUUUGCUUACGGAUUUAAACUGGAUUCUCUCGUAUACGAGCGUGCACACUUCACCAGUAACACUAUAGACCCAGGGCUUGUUAUUGAAGAAUAACCAUCUAGCUGUUGAAUUCUAUACGGUAUGAAUUACGCAAUGAAUUACAUAAGCACAAUAACUUUGUGUACAGGAUUACACCAAACUCUAUAUGAGCCGUCUCUAAUAAUUGUGUUGCUGCAAAAACUUUCUUCCCCAGCUUUCCUGGGCCAGAACUUCACGACUACACAAUGGAAGAUCUACCUCCAGUGAGCAGCGCUGACAGCUCGUGCCACCAGAUACGGUCUUCGGUGUUAUUGUCGAUGAACACGCCCACCAAACUGAAAAUCAAAGUGCACGGAGUUUUUCGCAACUGUAGCAGCGGGUCUUUUUGCGAUUCUGCCUCCAGCAGCGGGAGCCAUAAAUCGGUAGAUAGGUAUAUAUAUGAAGUGAACAACAGUAACGAGUAUAUCCCUCCUAAUUACG